AGCUUACUGCCAUGCAUUUAUUACAUCUUUUUGAAGAUGUGUGGCCUGCUGGAUUUUAAGAUUGUUGCCUUUGCUUUGUAAUGCAUGUUGUGCAGACUUGCUGAUGCUACUGUGGCCACCUUUUUGUAUGCUCUAAUAUGUUGCAGUGUGUUCCACAGCCACCUCAUCAUCACUGGACCCAUUGUGCCUGACUCCUGAAGAAGUCAAGAUAAAAAACAAUGCCUAGAGAUCGCAAGAAGAAAAAUCGUAUCUCACUUUGCAAGUUCUUAAAAUCUGAAGUUACACGAAGUUACUUCCUCCAACAAUAUGAGGAACGAUAUGAGUUCAAAAGAGAACAGAUAUACACCUUCAUGAAAAUUCCAAGAGAGGUUGAAAAGCUGAUUGGUUAUGGGUUCUUCCAGGUGGUCGACGCGUUCCUUUUCAUUUUCACGUUCUUGCCGCUGCGGUUCGUGCUCGCUGUCUGGGCAUUUCUAACGAGGCCGCUGCUGAUCGCCGUCGGGUUGAGAAGACAGCAGGGAGAUGGCCAUUGGCUGAAACCGUCCGAGAUUAUCGACAUGAUGAAAGGCCUGAUUAUCAUUAUCACGUGCUUCUUUUUGUCUUACAUCGACACGUCUAUGUUGUAUCACGUGGUGAAGAGCCAGUCGAUCAUCAAGCUGUACAUGUUCUACAACAUGCUGGAGGUGGGAGACAAGCUGAUGUCGUCGUUCGGCCAGGACACGCUGGACGCGCUUCACUGGACGGCCACGGAGCCGCGCAAGAAGAAGCGCCAGCACCUGGGCACGCUGCCGCACUUCUUCCUGGCCACCGUUUACGUCUUCCUGCACGGGAUCUUGAUUUUGUUUCAAACCACCGUUCUGAACGUAGCGAUCAACUCGAGCAACAAGGCCCUGCUGACGGUUAUGAUGUCCAACAACUUCGUCGAACUGAAAGGUUCGGUGUUCAAGAAGUUCGAUCGGAACAAUCUCCUCCAGGUGGCCUGCAGCGACAUCCGCGAGCGCUUCCACUACUGUGUCCUCCUCCUGCUGGUCACCGUUCAGACCAUGAAGGAGUUUGGUUGGAAUGAGAACCAGCUGUGGGUGCUGCUGCCGGACUGCAUCCUUGUGCUGGUGGCCGAGCUGUUCGUGGACUGGGUGAAGCAUGCCUUCAUCACGCGAUUCAACGAGAUUCCCGUCGAAAUUUAUCGCGAGUACACGCUCACACUGGCGUACGACCUGAUAUCCAGCAAACAGAAAUACGCGUUCAGCGACCACUCGGACAUGGUGAGCCACCGGAUGGGCUUCAUCUCGCUGCCGCUGGCGGCGCUUACCGCGCGGAUCCUGCUGCAGUCGGUGCGGCUGACGGGCACCGGCGCCUGGCUCCUGGUGGCCGCCGCCUACCUCGCCCUCGCCACCUUCCGCGUGCUCAACACCAUCGUCAUCCUGGGCAAGGCGUGCGACCUGAUCGAGGCGGAGUCGGCGCCACCGCCGUCGACCGUGGCCAGCCCCGCCUCCGCCGCCGCCGCCGUCGCCGAGGUGCGCUCCCGCUGCGUGUCGGAGUGCGAUCCAGCCGCAGACAGCUCGCUCACGGAGCCAUACAACGUGUUCAGAGAGUUCUCGCCGCCGGCCACCGCCGCCACGGGCGAGGAGCCCGACUGCUCGUGCGCGCACGGAGACGGCCGGUGCGAGUCGCCGGCGGCGCCGACGCCAGUCAGCACGGUGGGCACGUGACGUCGCGCGCGCCAGGCCAGCGCCGGCGCGACCGCGGGGCUUUCACGGCGGGGGGCGCGGCGCCGCCUUCUGAUGCUUGUACAAGUGAACUGCAUUGUGGGGCAAUGGGCAAUGGGAUUUACGGCCGGUUUUGGGUUGCUGCGGCAGUAUUUGUUGCAGCGCGUUAUGGUCUCGGUGUCCGUUGCCUGAUACGGUGGCUGUUGAUUGUUAUAGGAAGCAUAUUUCUGUCAAUAGUAUUGACUUGUGCGCAGCGGAGCGAUUGAAAGAGUUCUAUGCGCGAUUAUGAUUUGAAAGGAGUUCGAGGAUUUAUAAAUGCAAUGGGGUUCCAAUGUUCUAGUGCUGCUGAAGAAGGUUGACAUGCGAUUGGAUAAGGUCAAUUUGACCCCGGAAGGUUUUUACGGAGUUUGUAUAGCUUUAGAAAAUUGAAUGGUGGAUAGUUUGGCGUUAAAAAUUUCGAUGCACCUUGUAAGGUCGCUGACCUACGGCAGGUCAGUCAGGCCAUGGAUUCAGCGAGGACAAUGACUAGAGAGUGGUUCAGUCUGAUGCAACAACGUAGUGUUAGAGGAAACCAUAAUCUCUCAGACAGUUUCUUAGGCAACACAACAGUCGAAUAAAUGGUUCCAUUGACCUAGGGCCAAGUAUAAAGGUCAGACGAAGGUCAAAAUCAACCUGUUGUAUUACCCUAGAGCUUGCCAUAGGAGGUAGUUUCUGGUACUCAUUCCCAAUUUAAUGAUAACAGGAACCGAAUUACACAUCUAAAAUGAGCUUUUCAAAGGUCGGAAUAGAUCAUUGACUGAAAAUAACCCAGGCAAACAUUUUCUUUGUUUGUUCAGGAUCACAGUCUGGCAUGAUAUUUUACGCUUAUUCAAAUGCAAAAAUCAAAGCAAACUUGCAUGAUUUGGGUUACCAUGACCUUCGAAAGAACCGCGAGGUCACUGACCUUCAAUGAGCACCGGUGACCUUCUGCCUUCAACAGGUAUCCAAAUUCACGGUGGUCACAUGAGAAGGUCUGGGGGCACUUUGGACACCAAACUGGAGGUUGACCUCGUUUGACCUUACUUGACCCGAAUGUCAUGACCUAGGAACAUCGAACUUCGACACAAGUGAGUUCAGGCGCCGGCUAACACACAGUUUGAGUUUGGCGCCUCUUUCUCUUAGUUUCGGAGAUCUCAGGGCGUCAAAGUGACCCCCACCCGAGCAAUGGGCAUUCAACCGGUCACCCAGGUGCGUUAAUAGCGUCAUUGGUCGAAUUAAUAUCCAUCGAUUAAUAAUCCAUCGAAAUUUGUGGCACAUACAAGACCCACCAAUACACCACUAAAUUGGAGAACAUCGAUGUCCACCGGAAUGGCCGAAUACGAACCAAGUCUGAACGUCCAGUCGUGCAUGAAUAUUAUCGCGGAAAUUGUUUAGUGUCAACUCCAACUGUAAUGCCAAACCGGUUUUACGCUGCAAAGGUUCGUAUCUGCUGCAACGUUGCACAAAUGGUUGUUUGUGUUACUCAAAUGUUUGAUCAGCCCUCAUCUUGGUAUGACUAUUGCGUCUGCCGUGGACUGCCUGUAAGUGCCGUUCCAGCUUGUAUGUGCCUCAAGUACUCAGCAUUGCCAACGCGCAUGCAUACCUUUAACCGCACCGACGAUUUAUAAAAGGUGUUUGAUCGAGUGUCGUGUUCUCUAGCCAUAAUUAUAAUCAAUUAACCGGUUGAAUUCUUCAAACACAAAAUGGUAACUUAGACUUUUUAGAAUUUAGAAUUUCAUUCAAAGCGAUUACAUUGCACUCAAGCGAGUUGGCAAGUGAGCGAGAUUGCGAAAUUCCAGGAUAUACUAACGACAAACAUCAUAUUUUUAUAUCAAAUCGGUCACACAACACGGCGCCUUCGUGCGAAGUACCCGAAAAACGCGCAUCAGACCCAUCAGAAAGCUCACGCCCACUCGAUGGUCGUGCAGUCGCAGUGAUUGCGGGAUGCGGAGACAUCCGCUAACAUCAUCACAAGGUAUACCAGAUACGAUGUGAAGAACGCACGCACUUAAACGCGCCAGUAAUUACGCUGUGCUACAGCGCUGCCUUCUCAAACAACGAAAUUAUGCACUCAGCGGCCACUGAUAAACGUAGGUACACACGUUGCGUGAGUGGGCGGGGUGGCCAACGAAACCAAAAGGUCUGUACUCAUGAUCCAUCAAAUACAUCAGACGGCCAGUAGUCCCGUAUUCCUCUACGACCAACUAUUCAGGAUUUCAAGAACAAGGGCACGACGAAACGACAUUCCGGCACGUAUCACAGACAGCACAUCUGGACAGCACCACCCGCAACUGUGGUGAAUCUCACAGAGCACGCGCCGCGCGACACGAGCUGAUCGGGCGGCCAGCCGCCGCUCAGCGGGCGCACACGUCGCGAGUCGGCGGCCUGAUCGGCACCCGGCCAAGCGUGAA